AUGGGUAAAAUUACCCCAGAGGGUACAACAAUAAUUGAGGCAAUUACAGAGGACCAAUCCGCCAUCUUUGAUUGCGGCAGUGGAAGAGAAAAGAGGACCCGGCUUGUGAUUGUACUUCUUUUUACAUACACAAUCUUUGCUAUUUGGGAAAGGUUAGUAAAAUUUAUCGGUCGUGAAUUAAUUAAGAAGCAUUUUGUCAGUUGUGUAGUCGUAUGAUCAAGUUUCUAGAGGUUCUAUGGAGCGUUGUUUGUUUGAGGUUGUAAAUUGCUUGAUUGCAUGACUGCAAUAUUUUACAGUAUCGCAAAAAUAUAACUGAAAACAUUUAAAUAAAAUAGUACCUAUAGUACUUAAGUAUUACACUUAUCGAACCUUAAUUCACAUCACUUUCAUUUGAUUAAAACAAUGUCUCACGAAGUUUCGAUGACGCUUGUAAUGUUAACUCCACACCAGUCAUGCCAGUUAAUAUUGGGAAAGGCAUGGUAACUCUUCAAAAUAUACUAAUUGAAAUAAAAUGAUUUUCUUUCUAGUUUAAUUAUUCAUACAUCUCGGUAUAAUCUAUCGAUAAGGUUAUUAGGAAAAGCAGUUAAAUGUCAUGGUGAAAACAAGGUGGAAGAGUUAGCGUGACUUGACAGUAUGGGAUGUCAUUAUGUUGAUUAUCUUAGUAAGCUUUGGAUAAGUGUCAUACUUGUUAAAAACAUUGUUGAACUUUCUCUUACAUGUCAAGUCACCAGUGAGUCAAGUUUAUAUUGUAGUAGGGCACAGGUAUUUUAACCCUUGAACUCCUAAGAUCUGAUUUUAGCUGCUACACAUUGCCAUUUAAAUUGGUUACAAGAAUUUGGUGUUAGAUCAAGACAACUUCUAUUGUACAAGUUUAAAUAUUCUCAGUACCUGUUUGUUGGAUAAUGUAUGGUUAUUAUAGGGAGAAGUGACAUUUUAAUCACUUCUAGGAGUUGAAGGGUUAAUAAAAAGGAUGGUAGGGGAAGUUUGUAUCAAGGAAAGCCUCCUCAAAUUCAGUUGUUACUGAAGUGUCAGCUUAGACUUUCAAAGGUUAAACAUAGUAAAAGACAACUAUGCCCUAGCUAUGGGAAUACCACAAUUAACAACUCUUCACUAGUCUUUGUUGGCUCAAUUUUAUAUAUUUGAUACACUGGGAACGUGUCGCCACUUAGUUAAUGGCCUGUUAGGUAGUUAAACUAAAGGCUAUUUUUACAUGACCUUGUGAGUUCUCUCUAUUUGACAAUGGCUAAGAAGGCAUCCAUUUGGACAUUUACCUUUUUCUAUAUGAGAUGCUAAAGUUUUAUGUUAAGACAGGGCAUAACAUUUGGUAUACUGAGGUCCUGUUGGAAAAUUUCCUGUUGUGGUGCUUCUCCUUCAUCCAGGACUGCCUGUGAAUUAUGCAGGAAGACCUAACAAGAUGCUUGUUAGGGAAGGAGGAAUAGCUUGUGCAGAUUUUGUAUGCAUUCAGGGAGAGAAUAAAUGUUUCUAGUUGCUUUGUACUAUCUAAGACAAGCUUCAGUGGCAUGAAAAACUGGGCGCUGCAAUAUUCAUGUAUGUUAGAGAGCAGAUAUUCCUAUACUUCUCCUAUGUUGCCAUCAUUUCAUGAUUCAUAUCACUUACAAAUAUUACUUUGUGCAGAAAGCAGCUUUUUGUUAAAAAUUAUUCUGACAGUGUGUUGGAAAAUGCAUGUCAAUAGUGCAUUUAGUAGGAUUUUUAAAUGAGUGUGGUAUUGCAAAUGACGUAAAUCUCUUUUUAAUUGAAAAGUGCUGUCUGUUUAACGUAUAUCAUUAUAGCCUUGUCACUUUUUCCAAGCAAAGUUUUAACUUCAAUCUUGAACUGAAACUUAUUUGUAGGGUACAGCUUAGAUGAUGGCAGAAAAUGUUGAACAACACUUUGACCCUAAGACUUUUAAAUUGGAGACAGCUCCCUUUGAUGCAAGAUUCCCUUACACCAACCAGACAAAGAACUGCUGGCAGAACUAUGUGGACUUUCAUCGAUGCAUAAAGAAGUUUGGAGAGGAAGAAAGCAGAUGUCAGUAUUUUUUCAAGACUUACAAAUCCUUAUGCCCUGGUCCCUGGGUAAGUUAGGAAGCUCAAGUUAUUGAAUUGAAGUUGUUGCCUUUUCAAGACUUUUAAUAACAAGCAUGCAUUGCAAUCAAUGAUGAUAGAUUAUUGGACCAUGCUUCACAGGUGUAGGUUGUGCAUCUACUGCUAUACAUGCUCAUCAAAUGUGUGUAAUUUGUUCUAAUUCCAUUUGCAUGCCUAACUGAAUCAUGUACAAGUGCCAUGCUUUUUACUUGUUGGUUCAUCAAGCUGAAUUUAAACCAGGGUUCAUAUGGGUCCUGGAAAGUCUUGGAAUUCAUUUUGACAUUUUCCUGGAUGGAAAAGUCAUGGAAAAAGAAUACAGGUCCUGGAAAGUCCUGGAAAUCUGCUUGAUUCAAGCAAUAAUGUUUUCAGAAUUUAUGUUGUAAGAAAUGUAUGUAGACUGCAAGGAGAAAUGAUUUUGAAAUCUUGGGAAUGAAAGGAUUUAAGGUGAAAUUUGGAGUCCUGGAAAAAAAAUCUUGAGUCCUGGAAAAGUCCUGCAAAUUCCCUGAAAUUUGUUCCUGAUAAAGGGUAUGAAACCCUCAAACUCAAAAGUAAUGCAGCUUUAAAAUUGAUUAUUUUAUUUGGAAUAAAACAUUAUGAAACCCCUUUUUAUUAAAAUUAUUUCAUUGUACAUUCCAAACCAUCAUCAUAGAUAAAGGGAGCAAAAUUCAACUUAGCUGAAUUAAAAAUCAGCACUAAAGAUGAUAAGUGUUCCACUGUAAACAAGCAAAUUUUCACCUAGACGCAUUUUCUAAUCCUCUAGGUACAUGUACUUGGGGGGUUCAAAUUCAAUUGAGUAAAAUCAAUUUUAUUUCAUAGCUUUCUUGGUUGUUCUGUUAGUGUAGCCCAAAAUAAAAUUAGGAAAUAAGUUAUGGCUCUAACAUUACAGAAGAAAUCUAUACUUUCAAUUUUUGAAACCUUUUGUUAUGUUUCAAGGAGUAAUAUUGAUUUAAGUUAUGUUACUUUUGCAGGUGGAAAGCUGGGAUGAUCAAAUGGAAAGUGGCACAUUUCCUGGGCGUAUUUGA